AUGGCAAACAACCUGGGAGCUGUCGCACAGCUUUUAGAAGCCAGCUUGGAUCCCAGGCAAAACAAACAAGCUGAACUUGCACUUCGGCAAGAAGAGAAGAAACCCGGCUUCUCGUUAUUCCUGCUCCAGAUCACCGCGUCCGCAGAUUUUCCAUACAACACUCGGCUCGCAAGUGCCUUAUGCUUUAAAAAUCUCAUCCGAAGAAGUUGGGUCGACGAAGACGGAAAUCACAAACUGCCGCAAGAUGAGGUUGUCACAAUCAAGCGGGAGUUGAUCAACCUAAUGAUCAAUGUUCCCGGUGGAAUUCAGACCCAACUGGGCGAGGCAGUCAGCGUGAUUGCAGACAGCGAUUUCUGGGAGCGAUGGGAUACCCUUGUGGCUGAUCUAGUGUCACGAUUAGACCCUAAGAACCCGGUUGUCAACAACGGAGUCCUCACAGUGGCACACUCCAUCUUUCGACGAUGGCGUCCCCUCUUCCGAUCAGACGAUCUUUUCACCGAGAUUAAUCAUGUGCUCAACACUUUUUCCACGCCGUAUUUGGCAUUGUUCGAGGGCCUGGACGCUUACAUCGAAGAAAAUAAAUCAAACAAAGAAACUCUGUCACAGGGUUUCAAACAGCUCGACCUUAUGAUCAAACUUUUAUACGAUCUGAAUUGUCAAGAUUUGGCGCCACUAGUGGAGGACAACGCACAGUCUAUUGCUAAUCUGCUGCUCAAAUACUUGCUUUAUGAUAACCAACUGCUUCACACCGACGAUGAAUCUGAAGCGGGAGUUUUGGAGUUUGUCAAAGCCGGUAUCUUUGAAGUAUUGACUCUGUUUGUCCAAAAAUAUAGCGAUGUUUUUGAGCCUCAUGUCGGUCAGUUCGUUGGAAACUCUUGGAACUUGUUGACGACUGUCGGCCAGGAGACAAAAUACGACAUACUGAUCAGCAAGGCACUUCAAUUCUUGACCUCAACCACAAGCAUGCCUGAGCACGCUAAAAUCUUCGAAGAUCAAGGAACUCUGAGCCAGGUCAUUGAAAAGGUCAUUUUGCCAAAUAUUGCGCUACGAGAAUCUGACGAAGAGCUUUUCGAGGACGAGCCCAUUGAGUUUAUCCGCCGCGACCUGGAGGGUUCAGACAGCGAUACCAGACGCCGAGCAGCUACAGACUUUGUGCGCCAAUUGGCAACCAAAUUCGAAGACUCAGUCACGAGAGUGGUUUCUCAGUACACCGAUCAUUACCUUGCUGAAUACGCAAAAGACCCAGCGUCAAAUUGGAAAUCAAAAGACACCGCUACGUAUCUGUUCUCUGCCAUCGCCGCCAAAGGUGCAGCGACGGCAUCUCACGGUAUCACAACGGUCAGCAAGCUUGUUGAUAUCGCAGACUUUUUUCAAAAACACCUUGCGGCCGAUUUGGUUUCCGAUGGCGCAGUCAACCCUAUAUUGAAGGUUGACGCUAUCAAAUAUCUCUACUUGUUUAGGAGUAUCAUCACACCUCAACAGUGGCAAGAGGUAUUUCCUCUACUAGUCAAGCAUUUGGGUUCCGACAACUAUGUGGUGUACACUUAUGCAGCUAUUGCUGUUGAACGGGUGCUUGCUUUCCACGAUUCUGCAGGUCAGCCUGUCAUCUCACCGGCCAACAUCACCCCCUUGGCCAAGGAGCUCCUCGAGCAUCUAUUCCAGCUCGUUGAAAAGGAUCCCUCACCACCUAAGGUGCAAGAAAAUGAAUUUUUGAUGAAAUGUGUGAUGAGAGUUUUGAUUGUUAUCAAGGAAGGAGUUGUUCCACUUACUGAUGCAGUCCUGGAGCAUUUGAUCAAAAUUACUAGGAUUAUCAGUGCUAACCCUAGCAACCCGCGAUUUUACUAUUACCAUUUUGAAUCGAUCGGUGCCUUUAUCAGGUUUGCUGCUCCUGCCAAACCUGAGAAAUUGGAACAAGCACUUUACGCACCUUUCGCUGAGGUUCUUCAGGCAGAUGUUCAAGAAUUCAUGCCUUAUGUCUUCCAACUGUUCGCUGCUUUACUCGAGGCAAACUCAUCCGCGACAUUGCCAGAGUACUACCAGAAUCUGAUCGCACCUAUUCUCAUGCCGGUCAUGUGGGAGUCUAAGGGCAACGUUCCUGCAUUAGUUCGGUUACUCUCUGCUAUUAUUCCUCGCGGCGCACAAUUCAUUUCCUCAAACAAUCAAAUUGAACCAAUCCUCGGUCUCUUCCAGAAGUUGCUCUCGACGAAAGCCAAUGAGAGUCAUGGAUUCGACCUUUUGGAGAGUGUGAUUGGAAGCUUCUCCGCUAACGCUCUGGAACAAUAUUUCACCUCCAUCAUGCAAAUUAUCCUGACUCGUCUGCAAAACUCCAAAACCGAGGUCCUGCAGCUGCGAUUUGUUCGCUUCUACCACUUUGUUUCCGCCCGGGAUGAUCAAGGUUACAGUGCAGACUUUUUUAUCCAGGUCACGGACAAGGUCCAAGCGGGACUAUUUACUCCCCUCUAUCUGAAUGUCAUUUUACCAGAAUCGCAAAAACUCGCCAGGCCGCUUGACCGCAAGACGGCAGUUAUCUCUUUCACGAAAACACUGGCCAACUCGGAAGCGUUUGCGCAGCAAUACAAGAAGGGUUGGGGCUUCACAUGUGAAGCUCUUCUUAAGUUGUUGGAGCUACCUCCUGUUCCAGUCACCAGGGAUGAUAUCAUCACAGAACACGACGUGGAUGAUAUGGCAUUCGGAGUUGGGUUCACACAAUUGAACACUGUUCGACCUCGCCCGAAGGACCCAUGGCCGGAGACCGGAGUCGACUUAAAGGCGUGGACCGGAAAAUACCUCACGGAGGCCAACUCGAAGCGGGGUGGUCGAAUUAGUGGAUUCGUUCAGGAACGACUCAGCCCUGAACUCCAAAAAAUUCUUGCCAGUUAUAUGACGGCGUAA